AUGGCCGACAUGAAAGACGGCGCGUUCAAGAAUAACGCCACAGAGCCGCCGGCCGGCAACCGUGUGCUGCCGUUGUUCUCACUCAAGGGCAAGACGGCCAUCGUCUCCGGCGCGGGCGCUGGCAUUGGUCUGAACAUUGCCCACGCCUAUGCCGAGGCUGGCGCAAACGUUGCCAUUUGGUACAACAGCAACAAGAAAGCAUUGGAACGAGCAGCCGAGAUCGAGAAGGAGUACGGCGUCAAAUGCAGAGCGUACCAGGUGAACGUCACAUCCCACGAAUCGAUUCAAGAGUCCGUCCAGCAAAUCGUCUCUGAGUUCAACGGCCGUUUGGAUAUUUUCGUCGCCAACUCUGGCAUUGCCUGGGAGGAGGGCCCUUUGAUUGACGGGCCCAUGGAUAAGGGCGAUAAGGUCAUGGCCGUCAACGUCAAUGGCACAACUUACUGCGCCCAGGUUGCCGGCACUCAUUUCCGCCGACAGAAGAAGGAGGGCACGACGCUCGACGGCAAGCCUCUCGAGGGCUUCACGUAUGGCAGCUUCAUUGCGACUGCCAGCAUGAGUGCCCACAUUGUGAACGUGCCACAGGCGCAGGCGGUGUACAACGCCUCCAAGGCGGCCGUGAUCCACCUUUGCAAGAGUUUGGCUGUUGAAUGGGUCGACUUUGCCCGCGUCAACACAGUCUCUCCUGGUUACAUCAAGACCGAGAUCACCGACUUCGUCCCGGAAGAGUCCAAGAAGCAGUGGAGAAAUAAGACACCUAUGGGACGUGAAGGAGAGCCCAGGGAGCUCAAGGGCGCCUAUUUGUACCUUGCUUCGGACGCUGCCUCGUACACGACUGGCUGCGACAUCACCGUCGAUGGAGGCUACUGCUUGCCAUGA